AUGUCUGGUACAUAUUUACCAAUGCUGAGUGAAGCCUCUUGGAAGGAAUGCAGCGAUGAUUUUUUUGAUCGCUGGAAUUUUCCGAAUUGCUGUGGCGCCGUCGACGGGAAGCAUGUGGUUAUUCAAUGCCCACAGAACGCUGGUUCACUAUUUUACAACUAUAAAAAACAGCAUUCAAUCGUUUUGUUGGCAAUUUGUGACGCCAAUUACAACUACUUGGCAGUUGACAUAGGUGCGUACGGUGGAAACUCUGAUAGCAGUAUAUUUGCGUCAAGUGAGUUUGGAAAACUUUUGUUAUCAGGCAGACUGGGAUUUCCUCCGCCAACUAACUUGCCAAACAGCACCAUAGAGCUGCCUUAUUUCAUUGUUGGAGAUGCAGCUUUCCCUCUCAGAUCAAACAUCAUGAGACCCUUCCCAGGAAGAAAUCUACAGGAAAUACAAGAAAAUUUCAACCAUAGACUUUCUGUUGCACGCCGCACGAUAGAAAAUACAUUUGGCAUCACCGUCGCUAGAUGGAGGAUUUUGAAGUCACCAUUGUGUAUGUUACCAGAGUCAGCGGAAAAUAUUGUUAAGGCAGUAGUGGUGUUGCACAAUUUUCUGAAAAAACACGGUGAGCAACAGUACACUCCACCAGGAUUCACGGAUACGAUCGACACUGUUGGAAACUUGGUCCAGGGCGAAUGGCGCACGCUUACUGAUCCUCUACAAAGUGUUCCAGCUGAUUCUAUUAGUCGAGGACAUAAUGCUUCUCGAAAUGCAUUUCAAAUACGUAAUAUUCUAGCACAGUAUGUGUUGGAUAAUCCUCGUUACGGACUCAAUGGUUGA